AUGACGGUGACGAAGGUGGUGGAUGAAUUUGUGCCGCACCCAGUGAAGGAGCAACUCCCCGGCAUAGAUUACUGCCUCACUAGCAACCCUUCAUGGGCUGAAGCCUUUAUUCUGGGAUUUCAGCACUACCUAGUAAUGCUCGGGACAACUGUUAUCAUUGCCACCAUCAUUGUUCCUUAUAUGGGUGGUAGUAACGUGGAGAAGGCUCAAGUGAUACAAACUUUGCUCUUUGUUUCUGGAGUGAACACACUCUUGCAAACAUGGUUUGGCACCCGGCUUCCAGUAGUGAUAGGCGGUUCAUUCAGAUUCAUAAUUCCUUCUCUUUAUGUUGCAUUUGCGCAAAGAUAUUACACAUACCCCAAUCCUAUUGAUAGAUUUAAGAAAACAAUGACGGCAAUACAAGGGGCUCUCAUGAUUGCAUCGGCACUUCCCAUGAUUCUUGGUUUUCUGGGGAUAUGGAGGAUUAUUGUGAGAUUCCUGAGCCCUCUUUCUGCCGUUCCUCUGGUAACACUUGUGGGACUUGGGCUCUAUGAACAAGGUUUCCCUCUGCUGGCAGAAUGUGUUGAGAUAGGGCUUCCAGAACUAAUUAUUUUAGUUUUGCUAUCUCAAUUCGUCCCUCAUAUGUGGAAAUCUAAGCUUCCCAUUUACAACCGUUUUACUAUCCUAAUUUCGGUAGGAUUGGUGUGGGGAUUCGCAGCCGUUCUUACAGCAGCUGGUGCAUACAAAAAUAAACCCCUCAAAACACAGUUAAGUUGCCGUGUUGAUCGCUCUGGACUUGUAAGUGGAGCGUCGUGGAUAAAGUUUCCAUACCCAUUUCAAUGGGGUUCCCCCGAUUUUCAUGCCGGAGAAGCUUUUGUAAUGCUGGCAGCAGCUUUUGUUGCUUUGAUUGAGUCUACAGGUGCAUUUAUUGCGGCUUCAAGAUACUGUGGUGCCACACACAUACCAGCUUCUGUUCUUAGUCGAGGCGUUGCCUGGCUGGGAAUAGGAAUUUUUAUUGAUGGUUUAUAUGGUUCAGCAGGUGGAUCUACUGUAUCAGUUGAAAAUAUUGGACUCUUGGCAUUGACACGAGUUGGAAGUCGAAGGGUGGUACAGAUAUCAGCAUCUUUCAUGUUUUUCUUUUCCAUCUUUGGAAAAUUUGGAGCGAUCAUUGCUUCCAUUCCACUGCCAAUUGUUGGAGCUUUGUAUUGUGUCCUUUUCGCCCUUAUGUCUUCUGCUGGUCUUGGUUUACUACAGUUCUGCAACCUCAACAGCUUCAGGGCAAAGUUCAUUAUAGGCUUCUCAUUCUUCAUGGGUCUUUCGGUACCCCGGUACUUCAGCGACUACGUGAUUACUUCUGGUCAUGGUCCAGUUCACACGAAUGCAAUAUGGUUUAACAAAAUAAUGCUGGUGAUCUUUACAUCCCCAGCCACUGUGGCAGGGCUUACUGCAUUGUUCUUGGACGUCACUUUAGCACCUAAACAUCCCUCAACAAGGAUAGAUAGUGGGAGGCAUUGGUGGGCUAAAUUCAAGUAUUUUGGUAAAGAUCCAAGAAGUGAAGAAUUCUAUUCUCUCCCUGUUGGACUUUCUAAGUACUUCCCUUCAAUUUGA